AUGGCCCGAAUAGCGAUGGCUUGCGGACGACGCGGGCGCCGAGACGGCGGCGCUACGAAACCACCGAGGGUCGAAAACGCGACGCGGGGCCGACGCGACCUCCACGCUCCCGAGCGUGAGAGUCGAUGUCUGCGGUGGCAGUUGUACGGGCGACAGUGCAACGACGCUGCGCAAGAAGCUGUAAGAGACGACGCGCGUGACUCGCCGCCGCCGACUGACGGGGCGCGCCGCGGCGAGCCUCGCUCCACCACCACACGCGCACCCGCGCACACUCGCGCCGCGCCGCGCCCCGCGCCACUCCGCUCCGCGCCUCACGCCGACAGACGCCGCCUCGCCGGACGGCCGGAUCCGUCGAUGUUUUUAAAAUUUCAUUUCGGAUUUGACUUUAAAAUCACGAAUCCGUCCGCGCAACGCUCAUCGUGCCGUCUGAAUAUUUACCGGAAUAAGGGUGUUAUGGCGUCUCGGAAGAAGGAUAAGUUGCGCAGUGAAUGGGCAGCGCGUGCAAAAAUACCGCGGAGCGCAUGCGCCACCCGCUCUCUCCCGGCUUUGCACCUAGACGAAAUCCGUUCUAGUGUGCAUGUUAAACAUGACGUCCUG